GUCAUCACCGUAGCGGAUGCCAAGAACCUUCGGGGCCGCCUCGAUGACAACAUCGAGGAGGGUAAGGUAAACGAGGCAUUCCAGCAGAUUGCAUUUGCGGAUAAGAUCAUCCUCAACAAGCUGGACCUGGUGACGUCUGACCAGGCCAUCAGCAUUAAGGAGAAGAUCAGGAACAUCAACAAGUAUGCGAAAAUUGUGCCGGCAGUGAAAGGCCGAGUCAAG